AUGGCCACCAGGAUUGACUUGCCUGACACCCUUGCCAACUGGAGAUGGCCCCGCCGUCUCAAUCCUCACUACCCUGCAGUCAAGAAAGAGGCUGCAGAAUGGGUAGCGAGCUUUGGCGCCUUCACUCCGAAGGCUCAACAUGCUUUCGAUCUCUGCGACUUCAAUCAUCUACGCACCGGCUGCGACCUCAUGAACUUGUACCUGGUUUUUGACGAAUACUCGGACGUCGAGGACGCUGCCGGAGUCCAGAGGCAAGCUGAUAGCAUCAUGGACGCCCUGAGAAACCCCCACAAGCCCCGCCCCGCUGGUGAAUGGGUGGGUGGUGAGAUCUUCAGACAGUUUUGGGAGCGCGCGAUCAAGACUGCGAGCCCUCAGUCCCAGAAGCGCUUCAUCAAUGCGUUUGGCUUCUACACCCAAGCGAUGGUUCAGCAGGCCGCAGAUAGGUCACACUCAUACAUUCGCGACAUCGAUAGCUACCUGGAAGUGCGGCGCGAAACGGUGGCCGCUAAGCCCGCAUUCGCGCUGCUCGAACUUGGCAUGGACUUGCCGGACGAGAUCAUUAGCCAUCCAAUCAUCCAAGACCUGUCCAUUUGGGCCAUAGACAUGCUAUCUUUGUCGAAUGACAUCGUGUCGUACAAUCUCGAGCAAGCGCGCGGAGAUGACGAGCAUAACAUCGUCACGAUUGUGAUGAAUCAGCUCAAGACCGACGUUGUAGGAGCGAUGCAAUGGGUGAAAGACUACCACGAGGAACUAGAGCGCAAGUUCAACGAGAACUUCGUCAAAGUUCCGCAGUGGGGAGAGCCAAUCGACUCGCAGGUUGCUCGAUACCUGGACGGGGUAGGGAAUUGGGUGCGGGGACACGACCAGUGGGGUUACGAGAGCGAGAGAUAUUUCGGCACCAAGGGGCUGGAGAUCAUAAAGACGCGGUGUGUCACAUUAAUGCCCAAGAUCCAUGCUGAGAGCAUGGGCCCUCAGAUCGUCGAUGUGUCAAUGUUGUAG